GGCCUUCCGUAGUUUCGUGGACGCGGUUGUUGUCAAUUUCGUUGCCACGGUUACACUUUGACUCGGGAAAUGCAGCCGAAAGUUACCUUACUUUUUUGAAUAUAUAUACAUACAUAUAUGCCAUAGCAUGAACUGUUUAUUAAGACUUGAAUUGGUUUGUAUUCUCUUUGGAGUAGAGUGGCUAAAAUAAGCUACAUAACAUUUCUUCAGGCGUUAGUUUUGUAGUUUUAGCUAACGGCGGUCGUGGUGAAGUGAAAACUCAGGGAUAAAAAACGUAACAACAGGAAAGACGUUUGAAAUGAGCGCUUCUUGAAUGACUUCCUCUGACAUGGCCGGGGAAACACAACCGGGCUUUGUCUUCGGGAACGGCGAGGCGAACCUCCCGAGGAAACACGUCCCGCCCGACGGCACCGAGCCGCCGCAGGACGAGCCCACUCCCACGGAGAUGGUCAACCUGAGGAGAUGCGACCUCACCUGUGUUCCUGACCGGGUCCUGGGGAGCAGCGACCUCACGUAUUUGUGUCUGGAAGGGAAUCAGAUCCCCAGCGUCCCUGCGUUCUUGUUCUGCAGCCUGCCGCGGCUGCAGUGGCUGGACCUCAGGAAGAACCUCAUUACCUGCCUUCCACCUGAGAUUGGCUCACACAGGUCCCUGAGGAACCUGCUGCUGGAAGCCAACCCCAUCUCCGAGCUUCCAGCCGAGCUGGGCAACGUGAUUACAUUGAGAGGCCUGAGCCUGCGGGGCUGCCCCAUUCGCUUUCCUCCCAAAGAGGUCCUGCACCAGGGCUGCCGCUCCGUCCUGCAGUACCUGAGGAGCGUUCUGGCCCGGAGAGAAGUCACGGAGAGGAAGAGCCUUCCAGUGCGCUGUCACCAGAAAGGUUUGACCCUUGUGUCUUUGCCAGCCGAGGAGCAGCUCCGGCUGUCGGAGCUGACGGAGUCCAGCGUGGAGGAGCAGGAGGAGUCAGCCGACGAGGACGGGCUGCAGAGGUUCAGGGAGCUGAAGGACGAGCUGAUCUCGCUGGAGAAAGCGGAGGUGGCCGCCAUGGCGCAGAGCCGCCGGAAGUCUCAGCUUCUGCCCGCGGCCAAAAGGAAAGGUUCGACGACAAAGGCCGGCAUAAUGCCUGAGCUUCGCCUGCUUGGCUCUCAGUACUGCGGGAGGUCGGGAGAGAGAGGGGAACCGGCCCGGAGAGAGCUGAGAGAGAAACAGGCUCUGCUGGAGAAGGAGAAAAAAGGGGCUCUUCAAAAGCACCGCAAACAAGCCAAAACCAGAGGAAGACAAAGGAAAGCGCAGGAAGCCGUUUCAGAAAGUCCUGCAGAGGGCAGCACGGGACCUUCACCGGAGCGGAAGAGGGAAGAGGACAGAUCAGCUCGGGAGCUGGAGCGCCACAUCCGUGCUCAUGUCAAGAGGAUGCAGGAACGACGAGGAAAUCCCGGGGGCACUAUGGCCCCGCAGACGGCAGUGACAGAGGAGGAUGUGGAAGAGAUCAGGAAGUUACAAGCGCGACUCCUUGAGAGGAAAAAUCUGGGAAGGCAUUCGGAAAACGCUUUCACCAUCUACACUGCGGACACAUGGCCGAGUUUCCUGUUUAAGUGACCGGGACGCCUGACGCCAUGUUUGAGUGCUAGGAAUUAAAACACACACACACACACAAAAUGACUUAAAACAGACGACUCCAUCGCCAAUGGCCAUAAUGUUUCCA